AUGUUCUCAGCUCGCGCUCUCCCUCGGCGCGCCGGACUAAUCCGAUUAUCAGCCCCCCGCUAUGCUCCCCAACACCGCACAUUGAUCCCGGCCCCAACCCCAGGCACGGGGCCUCUUAUGGAACGCCGCGCAGACCGCGAGCUGCCCGAUAUCAGCAAGAACCGAGGCUGGAUGCGUACUCUCCCAAUCUUUGCUAUUGUUCUAGGUGCCGGCACGCUAGCCAUCUUCAACUACCAGAAGUCCUCGUCGAGCAUUGUCGGCAGUACGAUGUAUGCACUGCGGACGUCGCCGCAGGCUCGGGAGAUUCUGGGCGACGAGAUCUACUUUGCGCAGCAGAUUCCUUGGAUCAGUGGCGAAAUGAACCAGCUGCAUGGUCGCAUCAACAUCUCGUUCUGGGUUAAGGGCACCAAGUCUCAGGGCAAGAUGCGUUUCAAGAGCAUACGGCCAGACCGUAUGAGCUAUUUCCACACUGAGGAAUGGAGUCUGGAAACUGAAGAUGGAACUGUGGUGCAACUGCUGAAUAGCGACAAUGACCCCUUCGGCCAGGACUGA